AUGUACUUUCAUGCAGGUUUUCUAACUCUCUCUCUCUCACACACAUUUCUCAUUGCUUCUUUCCACAAUUUUUUUUAUCUUUUCACAGACUUUUACAACAUCCUGAGCUUUCUCUUUGCAUACUUUAUUUUAUUUAAUCUCUAUUUUUUCCUGCUCAUCUUUAUUCUCUCUUUUCUAUUCACUUCUCCCUAUUUACCUUUUACCCUUUCUUUUAUUCUUUACAGUCAUCUAUUUUUCUUUCACUCUCUCUCUCUCAUUCUUUACUCUCUUUCUUUACUCUCUCUCUCUCUUUACUCUCUCUCUCUCUCUUUACUCUCUCUUUCUUUACACACUCUUUCUCUCAUUCUUUACACACUCUUUCUCUCAUUCUUUACACACUCUCUCUCUCAUUCUUUACACACUCUCUCUCUCAUUCUUUACACUCUCUCUCUCUCAUUCUUUACACUCUCUCUCUCUCUCAUUCUUUACACUCUCUCUCUCUCUCUCUCUUCUUCUUCUCUCUCUCUCAUUCUUUACACUUUUCUCUCUCUCAUUCUUUACACUCUCUCCCUCUCUCAUUCUUCCUCUCUCCCUCUCAUUCUUCCUCUCUCCCUCUCAUUCUUCCUCUCUCCCUCUUUCAUUCUUCCUCUCUCCCUCUUUCAUUCUUCCUCUCUCUCUCUCUCAUUCUUUUACUCUCUCUCUCUCUCAUUCUUCCUCUCUCUCUCUCUCAUUCUUCCUCUCUCUCUCUCUCUCUCAUUCUUCCUCUCUCUCUCUCAUUCUUUACACUCUCUCUCUCUCUCAUUCUUUACACUCUCUCUCUCUCUCAUUCUUUACACUCUCUCUCUCUCUCAUUCUUUACACUCUCUCUCUCUCUCAUUCUUUACACUCUCUCUCAUUCUUUAUAGCCCUGUAUAUUUCUUUCACUCUCUCUUUUAUUCUUUACGGUCAUCUAUUUUUCUUUCACUUUCACUCUUAUUUUUUACUCUCUCUCUCAUUCUUUACUCUCUCUCUCUCAUUCUUUACUCUUUCUCUCUCUCUCUCAUUCUUUACUCUCUCUCAUUCUUUACUCUCUCUCUUUCUUUACUCUCUCUCUCUUUACUCUCUCUCUCUUUACACCCUCUCUCACUCUCUCUCUUUACACUCUCUCAUUCUUUACACCCUCUCUCUCAUUCUUUACACCCUCUCUCUCAUUCUUUACUCUCUCUCAUUCUUUACUCCCCUGUAUAUUUCUUUCACUCUCUCUCAUUCUUUAUAGCCCUGUAUAUUUCUUUCACUCUCUCUUUUAUUCUUUACAGCUCUCAAUUUUUCUCUCACACUCUCUUUUAUUUAUUACCCUCUUUUCUUUUACCUCAUGUUUAUUUAUUUUUUCUGCUGUUACAUUUUUGUUUACUCUUUAACCCUCUUUCUCCUAUGUUUAGAUCUUUUCCUUUCACACUCUCUCGCCCCCAACAUGGGAUAGAGUACUUGUCAUUAAAGUAG